AUGGAUGAUGACAGACCAAAAACAUCUUCAUUUUCAUUCUCCAGAUUUGGUCGUAGAUUGGAUUAAAGAAAAACUACUGGAAAUAGAUUCUAUCCUUAAAAAGUUGUUACGAUUCCUCCUAUUAAAUUAGAAAAGAAAUCAACAUAAAAAGGAGAUUGGUUAUUUAGAAGAAUAGAUAGAUCAUAAGGAUCCAUUUAUUCUUAAUAACAAUAAGCAACCUAAGCAGAAAGAGAUUAUAAACCACAUUUUGAUAUUAUAGAGAAACAUAUACCUACAAUUAGCUUUGAAAAGCAAACAAAAAGAAGAUCUAUGAGUCUAUCUAGUAACUAAUAGGAUAUAUCGAAUGUUUUAAUUCCUCCUCCAAAAGUUAAGAUGAUGAUUCCAUUUGAUAAAUAAGAAGGAAGGAAAGAAAUGUAAAGAGAUACAGUUGAUAAAUUUUAUUAACCAAUGGAUUUAGUUAAAACUAACAAUGCUCAUUCUUUUGAAUCAUAUUCAGCAAGAAAACCAUUAGUGGAAAAGGAUGCAAUGCCCGAUUAUGAAAUUUAGAAGAGUUUUAAUUAUAUAAAAUCUAGAAGGUCUACAGCAGUUGAUUUUGGAAAGUCAUCAUAUUAAAAGGAACAUUUACCUAUAACAUCUUUAUUAGAUUAUGAUAUUAAAUUAAAUAAGAAAAUCAGGACAAUUUUAUUUAAUAAGUAGAUUCCUAGAGAGAAAAAACCAUAGAAUGAAAUGUUCAAUAAAUUAUUUUAGCGUUUAAAAGCCAAGGUUAAUUGA